CAUAGAUACUACUCUAUUCCGUAAAGUCGAAGAGGUUAAACACGYAGAUAGUGGAUCAAAGAAAUCAAAGAAGGGAUCAUGAUGUACUUGUCAUUUUACUUCCUUAUUGUUUUCUUCGAGUCAUCGGAAAGCCUGGCUGAUCUUCCUCCUGGAWUAUCAAGUSGUUUCUCCAAGCGCGUWAUAGGCGGRCAAAUAGCCAAGCCAAACUCUUGGCCUUGGAUGGUGGAAUUACGAACGAACAAUCGACACCUUUGUGGGGGUUCUUUAAUUAAUAAGGAAUGGGUCCUGACCGCUGCUCACUGCUUGGUAUUCGGUAAAAUGGACCAGCUUGUAGUUCGACUUGGAGAGCACGAUCAAACUGAUACAAGUGGAACAGAAACCGACCACAGGAUUGUUGGAUACCACGCUCAUGAUCGAUAUUUUGCCGAGCAACAAUAUGCUUACGAUAUCGCACUUGUCAAAAUUUCACCACCAGCAAAUUUGAAUAUUCAUGUUCAAACAAUUGCCUUACCAUUUCUGUAUGAACAAGUCUCUGUAGGAACAAAAUGUGUUUUAACUGGUUGGGGUCGCAUCRAUUCCUCUAGCAAUGYAAAGUCGCUAGUUCUAAAGCAMGUGGAGCUGCCCAUUGCCUCUUACAAAGACUGCGCUGCUGUUAAUGAUGAAUUAUGGUACAGCAAUGUCAACCUGUUUUCAAACCUCUGCGCCGGCGAUGACUCAAUUAACAGUGGAUGCAGAGGAGACAGCGGUGGACCUCUAGUGUGUAAGGACCCGGAUGGAAAAUGGAUUCUCCAGGGAAUAGUCAGUUGGGGAUCCCAAAAUUGCACCAGAAAUUUCUACAGCGUUUUCACCAGAGUCAGUUCCUUUAUUGAAUGGAUAAACUGGAAGAAGAAAGAACCAUUUCKUUCAAAAUUCCCAGAUUGUAAAGAUCACCAUUAUUACUGCAAUGAGUGGAAGGCGAAAGGGUAUUGUUCUUUCUCAUUCAUAAGCCAAAAGUAUUGUGGCAAGACUUGUGGUGGUUGUGAUUACUAGAAAUGAUAUCCUAAAGUUGAUAUAUUAAAAAAAUAAAGCUCUCACAGUUUGAUGAA